AGAAGAAAUAAACAUUAAUGUAAGACUUCCACAAUUUUAGUAAAUUGCAUUAACCGCAUGCCUGACAUAGUACAAUCCAUACUAUGUUCAAAGCAGUUCCAUCCAAGUGUUCACACAUUGGGACUCAUAUGUGAAAACUUGAUGGCAAAACUACUCAAGUACAGAAUGUUUCAGAAAAUGCUUCCAAUCGGAGGUUUCGCGAUUAUAUUCACACUUAUUAAUGCAUCGUUGAUGCUUGGUUUUGCAGCUAAACCAUAUGGAACAAUACAAGAUAAAAUGAGAGAAUUUGAUAUGAGGAAUAUGAAGGAGGCAGAGGUGUUUGAGCAAAAUAAUGAGGAUAUGUGUAUUAGUAAGGCAAUAUACUCAAAGAAGACACAAGCAAAACGUAAGUUUCUGACAUUAUUUACAACAUUUGCAGAUGCAGAACCUAUUCGAUAUACAGUGCAAAACAACACAAUAUGCAAUUAUUUGAACUUUCCAGAAGAUUUGGUACAUCUUGUUGCAUUUGUUGACAAGGCUGUCUACCAAUAUCAGUUCAAUGAACACAUAAACAUAUGUGGUGGGCACAGCAAUUUUGAUAUAAAGAGAUGGCAUCUUGUGGUCCUUCCGAAAUCUAGCACCUAUCUAGACAGGCCUUUCCUCAAAGACAUGUUCAUAUAUGCGAUGAGAGAAUUUGACAGUGAAUUAUACAUGUAUACAAAUGGAGACAUUCUUUAUCCAUGGGGUCACCUACAAAGAAGUUUCCAAGCUGUUACGACAUUUGUAGAAAGACAUGAGCUACAUGAAUAUAUCAUAUCUGGAUUACGGAGAGAAGUGACAUUUUACUCAGGAUCAGGUUUGGAUGUGGAAAAACUUAAUACUGGAGAUGAUGAGGAAAUUUUGAACAUAGGGAAUAGCUUUGAGCCUACUCGACCAUAUGCCUUGGAUUAUUUCAUCACAAAUAAAACAAGCUUCCCAUGGCACACAAUACCAGCAUUUGUAAUUGGCUCAGUGAGAUUCGAUAACUGGUUAGUCAUGUAUGCAAACAAACUUAAGAUUCCAGUUUUUGACAUAACACAGUCUACCCCAGUGGUACACCAGGCAGGCAUCCCCAAGAUUGGAGACAAAAGGGCUAGGGACACCAAUAACUAUAACCUCCAGCUUUUUCAAGAAUCAAUAAUUAAUAAUAAAAACUAUGGAAGAAUAAAGCAAUGUGCUCAUUUUCGGACAAUUUUCUUCAAGCAUAGAGUUAAAGUGAUCAAAAACAAUUACUAUCUCAGAGAAUGUAUGCAUAAAGAUAUGUUUUAUAUUCCGAUAUUGUAAAACAUUAUUGUGUAGAUUGAUAUCUAUGAGUCUUCCAUAUCUAUUUCAUUCAAGAACAUAUAAUUUUCUACUAUUUGAUGAGACAUUUGAACUUUGUAAUUUGAAUUUUCUUUUAGAACAUCUUUGGCCCAUUUUGUUUUUCUGGUUGGCAGUAUUCAAUGUCAAAGGUUUUGUAAGUCCUCUGGAAACAUUGGAUUGAACUCCAAUUGAUGCAAUCUUAAAGAUCUUUAUAAGUUAAUUUACUCUCAAGGAUCAUAAUUCAAUGGUUAAAUCAAAAUCAAAAUAUCAAAAUCAAUAAGAUCAUAUUGCAGAAAUUUGAUCAAUUUUCACGGAAGUUCAUAUGGAAUUAAAUAUUUUCUAAAAUACAGUGUUGGCCAAAAAAUCUACAUUUUAUUUUGGAAUUUUUUUAAAUGCACG